GGCGGCCGCGGCGGCAGGAGCCGGCGCUUGAGCGGCUCUGGCAGAGACGGCAGCUGCUCCUUUCCUCCCCACCGGUAUUACUCUCUAGAGAAGACACACCCACAGUUAGCACUUUCUUCAGAGGCUGACACUUGGUGAACAGUUUUCUUGGUCACAAGAUUUAGAAGACAGUAUCUAUUUUCCCAGAUUGGAUCUCUUUUCGUAUGGAUCUUCUGUUUCUAUGUCUUUUUUAAAAAGAACUUUUUAGGAAACAUUUUGGAUUACAAUUGUUCAUCCUCAUCUAUGCAAAGAAAGGAAAGCUAUUGCUGGGAUUUUGAGGAGUUUUUCCUAAAAGGAUUCUUAUACACCUUAGAAGUGCUUGAGGAAGAGUGAUGAAGAUAGGCAUGAAGCCUCCGUCUCACAGCUGCAUGCGUAGUCACUGUUGAAGCAAAUGCCUACCUAAUUUGACAGUCUUGGUAUGUUUAAAAAUUUUUAAGUUUGCAAAUAAGCAUAUUAAGUCUACUGAUGGAGCCUUCGGGCAGUGAACAGUUAUAUGAGGAUCCUGAUCCUGGAGGCAAAUCCCAAGAUGCAGAGGCCAGAAAGCAGACAGAAUCAGAACAAAAGUUGUCUAAAAUGACCCACAAUGCUUUGGAGAACAUUAAUGUGAUUGGCCAAGGCUUGAAGCAUCUCUUCCAGCACCAGCGCAGGAGGUCAUCAGUGUCUCCACAUGAUGUGCAGCAGAUUCAGACAGAUCCAGAACCUGAGAUGGAUCUGGAAAGCCAGAACGCAUGUGCUGAGAUUGAUGGUGUCCCCACCCACCCUACAGCUCUGAAUCGUGUCCUGCAGCAGAUUCGAGUGCCACCCAAGAUGAAGAGAGGGACAAGCUUGCAUAGUAGGCGGGGCAAGCCAGAGGCCCCAAAAGGAAGUCCCCAAAUCAACAGGAAAUCUGGCCAGGAGAUGACAGCUGUCAUGCAGUCAGGCCGACCCAGGUCUUCAUCAACGACUGAUGCUCCUACUAGCUCUGCUAUAAUGGAAAUAGCUUGUGCUGCUGCUGCAUGUCUACCAGGGGAGGAAGGAGCCACAGAGCGGAUCGAGCGGUUGGAAGUGAGCAGCCUUGCCCAGACUUCCAGUGCAGUGGCCUCCAGUACUGAUGGCAGCAUCCACACAGACACUGUGGAUGGUACACCAGACCCCCAGCGCACAAAGGCUGCCAUUGCUCACCUGCAGCAGAAGAUCCUGAAGCUUACAGAACAGAUCAAGAUUGCACAAACAGCACGGGACGAUAACGUUGCUGAGUACUUGAAGCUUGCCAACAGUGCAGACAAGCAGCAGGCCGCCCGUAUCAAGCAGGUCUUUGAGAAGAAGAACCAGAAAUCUGCCCAGACCAUCCUGCAACUGCAAAAGAAGCUUGAGCACUACCACAGAAAGCUCCGAGAGGUGGAGCAGAAUGGGAUCCCCCGGCAGCCAAAGGAUGUCUUCAGGGACAUGCACCAGGGUCUAAAGGAUGUGGGAGCAAAAGUGACUGGCUUCAGCGAAGGUGUGGUGGAUAGUGUCAAAGGUGGAUUUUCCAGCUUCUCCCAGGCCACUCAUUCAGCAGCAGGGGCCGUGGUCUCAAAGCCUAGAGAGAUUGCCUCGCUGAUUCGGAACAAAUUUGGCAGUGCAGACAACAUCCCUAACCUAAAGGACUCUUUAGAGGAAGGGCAAGCAGAUGAUGGGGGCAAGGCUUUGGGGGUGAUUUCAAACUUUCAGUCGAGCCCAAAAUAUGGUAGUGAGGAGGAUUGUUCUAGUGCUACUUCAGGCUCAGUGGGAGCCAACAGCACCACUGGAGGCAUUGCUGUAGGAGCAUCCAGCUCCAGAACAAACACCCUGGACAUGCAGAGCUCAGGAUUUGAUGCACUACUACAUGAGAUCCAGGAGAUCCGAGAAACCCAGGCCAGACUAGAGGAAUCCUUUGAGACCCUCAAGGAACAUUACCAGAGGGACUAUUCCUUAAUAAUGCAGACGUUACAGGAGGAGCGAUAUAGAUGUGAACGAUUAGAAGAGCAACUAAAUGACCUAACGGAGCUCCACCAGAAUGAAAUCUUGAACUUGAAGCAGGAAUUAGCCAGCAUGGAAGAGAAAAUUGCCUAUCAGUCCUAUGAACGGGCCCGGGACAUCCAGGAGGCCCUGGAGGCGUGUCAGACCCGCAUCUCCAAGAUGGAGUUGCAGCAGCAGCAGCAGCAGGUGGUACAGCUGGAAGGGCUGGAGAAUGCCACUGCCCGCAACCUCCUGGGCAAACUCAUCAACAUUCUCCUGGCUGUCAUGGCAGUCCUCUUGGUCUUUGUCUCCACGGUGGCCAACUGCGUGGUCCCCCUCAUGAAGACUCGCAACAGGACGUUCAGCACUUUAUUCCUUGUGGUUUUUAUUGCCUUUCUCUGGAAGCACUGGGACGCCCUCUUUAGCUACGUGGAGCGGUUCUUUUCAUCCCCCAGAUGAUGCUGGCACAAGAAAGCAGAGCUUCCUCCCCUCUGGCGAGUGCAUGCAGCAGAGAGUUAGACAGCAACGAACCUACUCUGAAGGUUUCUACAACAACAAAAGAGUUGAGUGAAUCUGUUUACAUUUAGAAUAAUGUUUUUUUUCUUCAAGAGACGCAAUUGCAAUAGUAUUUUUUAGAUUUUAUCCAAGAAGUUUUUUGGGCGAAAAUCUUGGAUCAUUUUUAUGUAGCAUGAUUUUCCUUGGGAUGCAGAUCUUACACAGUCCUUUAACAUGAACCAACAAUCUGGAGUACACUGAAGGGCAUUCUAUAUUGUGGCUUGAAGGACUGCAGUAAAACCCACUAAAAAGAUGCGAAAACCUGAUUAGGGCGAACCUGUUAACCUAACACCCUGCCUUGUCUAGACGUACCACCUCUCCCCAUCCCGGACUAACUUUACUGUGAAAUCCUACCACAUUCCAUGUCUGAAGUUUUGGAUUCGGGGUGGAUUUUCCUUGUCUGUGAAAGAACACAUGGAUCUCCCUGGCUUUCUCACUCACGUUGGCCACUCAUGCUAACCCUGGAGGUAUGACCACUUUUGAACCUGUUCCCUUAACCUUUGCUAGGAUACAAAAGUGAGAGCUUCAUGCCGCAAAGGAUCACAGCACAGUCCUACUACAGUAUUUUGAAGUAGCCCUAUGAAUACUUAAUUUUCAGCAAAAUACCUUGGCCGCACUUUUAAGGGUUUUUUAAAAAUGUGUAUAGUAAACAACUUAGAAAUAAAAAAUCCAAACAGCAUACUUGAAGAAUGUAAUACUCAAACUCUCAGUGCUUCCUUAUGGUUUCUAAUAGGAUUUUUUUAUUAUUGUUAUUAUUAUUAUUGGGUUUUUUUGGAAAGGGUUGGGAGGGUCUUUUAUUUUUCCUUUGAAAUAAAGAAGUGAUGUUUUUAAAUGAAGAAAUGUGUGGCUAUUUAAGUGUGCUGCUCCCUCUUGUCUUGAGAACAGUUUGAAUAAGAAAGACUUGCUGUAAACGCUGCCCUCUGCUGCCCUUGUUUUGAGAUGCAAUUUAAACUCCCUUCUCUGGCUGCCUCUGCUGCUUUUUGGUGUCCUGCCACCCCCACACCACCACUUGAUGGGCUUGGCUUGGUUGGAGAAGACAAAGGUGUGCAGGGAGAGGGGGAGGCUGUUUCCGCAAACCAGUGUGGUAGGAUACGGAUUUUUUUUGACACCAAGGAAAUGUUCACCCAGUGACCACUUGGGCUGGGGUAGUCUGUAAGAAAGUUUGAGACUAUGCUAUGACAGUCAUAAGUAAUUCCUUGUGUUUCCUUAAUUUAUUCUUUAACACCCCCUAAUUACUGAAACCAAAGUGAUGUGGAGUUUUCUGUCUGCAUUUUGGCCCCAGCAUCCUUAAUUUCAAAGCUUUAUUCUGUCUGCUUAGGAGAAUCAACUGAAGGUGAUUCUCCAAAAGAGCAGAAAAGGAAAUGUCAGGUGAGAAGGACCCAUGUUUUGGGUGUAAUAUGUUACCAGCUUCCUAUUAAUCUAGACUGAUUCAUUAACCUAACUGUGCUCAGUGGACUUAUAGACAGUUUAGAGAAAUGGACUGGGCCUUCUUCCAUAUCCUUAACCAGUUCCAUCAUCGUGGUGGAACUUGAACUCCGAGAGCUUAUCUAGAGAGCUUGGUUAAUCUGUUCAUAUUCUUUGAAGUGUUGUGUCACAAAUGCUGUUCCCUCUCAGCCUCAUUGUGUGCAACAAAGUAAUGAGCAGUGAGCCUGUGAAUACCCUGAAAAGAGUAACAAAGCAUGUUUUGCCUAUUUCCCCCACCCCAGAAAAUUCUUUUGGAAGUAGAUAAGCAUGGGCCUGCCUGUCUGAAAGGAUGGUUUACAUGAGAGUUCCAGCCUCCUUUUGCUUUGGUCAUCUGGCUUUCAGGGCCAGCAUAUAGUUUCCAUAACCACUUUGCUAUUUUAACUCAGGUACCCCAGUCUUCACCUCAUCCCCAGAUGAUUAUAGUACACCUACCAACUGUUCUUUUCCCUCAAAACUGGCACCCAGAGUAGGGACCAUAGGGGUGAUUUUUAGGAAACAAUCAGAACCAAUUCAUCUUCAUGCCAAAAACAAAUUGUCCCCAAGCCUAUAUACUUAAAAUGGUAACUUUGCCUAAAUAUUGCAGGGACUUUAGGCAAGAGUGCCAAAGGACACCAUGACCUUGUCAAACUAGCAGUUUCUCCUAAUUUUAUGCUUUCGUUUAAUUGCCUAGAGUAGAGAAGAGACCCCACACACACACGAAGUAGAUGAAAAUGAUGGUCUAGCGGAAUGCUACCUUUUUCUUAAGCCAGAACCUUUGAGUCCCCUUAUACUACAUGGAGGCUAAUCAGUUUUGUGGGCACUAGACGUCACUGUGAUACAUGGAUUGAAAUUGUUCCCAUUUACCUUGGGACACUUUCUAUCAAAGGAAAAUUUUCUCCUCUGGAAAGUCCCUGAGCUCCAACCAAACAGGCCCACACUGGCCUUCCAUCUUCCUUUCUCAAACUGUCUUAGGAAGGACCCUCAGGCCAGAUCAGGCACAAUAGUGGCUUUCUGGCUCUCUUGUCCCUUGGUUAUUCACCAGGCCCGACAGUUGUCCAUUUAAUGCUGUUUGUGAACUCGCAUCUGUUUUCAUGCCUUCCUGUACUUUUUGCUGCCCAUCUCUGUUGCUUUUGUGUUUCUUUGCAUUGUGGUUGUUCUUAGGGUCUCUUGUCUUUUCGAAGCUCUUCUAUAACCUCGCUCGAAGGGUGCAAAAUUGUUCUGGGUGGAAACUUACCCUCACAUGAAUGCUUCUCUUUAAAAAGAAAUGUGCAUUCCCUUUGAAAUGAAGCAUUCCUGAAUUAUUUGUUUGUGCUGGUGCCUAGCCUAGGUGUGUGAGGCUGGCUGUGUUGGCUUGGGUGACUCCUCAGGUUGAAGAAUGACCGUCAUUUUACAUUGUUUAUGAUAAUUGAAGGACACUUUCUUUGCUCCAAUUUUGAUUCCUUUGUGUACUCAGUACAUCUUAGCAAGGAAGGCUUUCUACCCUAUUGGCUCCUUAAGCAAAAGUAGAUGAAAUUUUAUACUUCACUGACUAGGGUCUUCUCUGUCUCCUGUCUCAACUGGGGAAAAUCUGAUGACAAGAAAAACACUGGGAUCAAGCCUUCCUUGCUAGCCAUGUCCUAGUAACGAGCACAUUUUCAUGUAGUCCUAACUGAAUGUGGUUUUGUUUCUGACUUCAUGUUCCUUGGAGGUAUAGUCACAUGAAAUGCUGAGUUCUGAGUGAGUUGCAAUGAAUAAUUGCCUUCAACUUUGGAAAAUAUGCGUCUAAAACAAAACCAAACUUUACUAUAAUCAACAAACUGAGACAGGCAAAAUUACAGUUUCUACAACCCCACCUCAAAUGAAUCCUGGGAUUUUGAAUCUGGCUCUAACAGUUAAUUAACCUUUCUGUCUAUGUGUUGUGUAUGCCAGGCGAUACCCUCAGUAGGGAUUGACUACUAGACUGUAAGUGUGUUUUAUCAAAGUGUGUAAGAAUAAAAACUCACUUGCACGAAUUGAAAAGUAAAGAAAUGACACUUGUGAACGCGUGAACGUUAACACUGUAGUUGAUAGAUCUUAAGCUGCUAAUUGUUGAGAGAGAAUUAAAUUUAUGUUCUGUCUGGUUGCUGCAGAUUAUCAGCAACACUUUUACUGUAUAUAUAAAUUGAAAUAAAGACCUCAGCUAUUAA